UGUGCUCCGUGCACUGGAUCUGCUUUGAAGAGGACCAAGGGGACUCAGUAGGAUGUCAACAGAGGCCGAGCUCCAACCGGCUGCCAGAACCAGCGUCAGAAAGGAAUCCAAGAGGAGAGGGCAUGACUGUAGUGAGGCGGGCCUGAUCAGGCGCUUCAAGGGGGAUGGCGUGCGCUACAAGGCCAAGCUGAUCGGCAUAGAUGACGUCACCGCAGCACGAGGGGACAAGCUGUGCCAGGACUCCAUGAUGAAGAUGAAGGGACUUGCGGCCGGGGCUCGCUCGAAAGGAGAACACAAGCAGAAAGUCUUUCUCACCGUCUCCUUCGGCGGAAUCAAGAUCUUCGACGAGAAGUCAGGGGUUCUUCAGCAUCACCAUGCGGUGCAUGAGAUUUCGUACAUCGCCAAGGACACUACUGACCACCGAGCCUUCGGCUACGUAUGUGGGAAGGAGGGCAACCAUCGGUUUGUGGCCAUUAAAACCGCCCAGUCGGCGGAGCCGGUCAUCCUUGACCUGCGCGACCUCUUCCAGCUGAUCUACGAGAUAAAGCAGCGGGAGGAGAUGGAGAAGAAGGCGCAGAAGGACAAACAGUGUGAACAGGCUGUUUACCAGACCAUUCUGGAGGAGGACGUGGAAGACCCGGUGUACCAGUACAUUGUGUUUGAGGCGGGACACGAGCCCAUCCGUGACCAAUCAGAAGAGAGCAUUUAUCAGGUUCCAACCAGCCAGCAAAAGGAGGGGGUCUAUGAUGUUCCUAAGCGACACCCAAAUAUCAACCAGUUAGAGCUUUUCGGAGACAUGUCCACCCCUCCAGACAUCACCUCCCCUUCGACGCCGGCCUCUCCAGCCAACACGUUGGACCCCUCGCUGGCCCUCCAGCCCCCCUCGGAACUCUUCGCCCCCUUCAACCCCGCGUCUGUGCCCUCAGGUUACGUCACGAUGGGAGCCGUGCCCCCGGGUCACUGGGCGCAGCAGCCGUUCGGGGCCCAGACCCCGCUGGCGUUCGGCGUGCAGUCGCCGGUGGGGGCGGUGGCGCAGGUCUUGCCCGGCGGGCAGCAGGUGAUCUGGGCGGGCCAGGCGGCGGGCCUCUUCUCCCCCGCCACGCAGCAGCAGUGGGCGGCCAUGGCGGCGGGCGCCUUCCCCCCCGGGGCCUUCGUGCCCGCGCAGACGGUGGGGCCGCUGCCGGCCGCCAUGUUCCAGACGCUGGCCACUCCGGUCGCCGCCAUGCCCCCAUGCGACGCGCCGCCCGUGCCCGGCCCCUCGGGGGUGUCGGGGGCCAUGGGCGGCGGCCCGUGCGCGUCGUCGUCCGUGGCGUCUAGCCCGCAGCACGCGGGCGGCAGCGCCGACCCCACGCGGCAGAAGAUGAGCAAGGAGAUGUUCAAGGAUUUCCAGAUGGGGAAGCCGGGCGGGCCUGGGGUUAUGUUGCCGCCGCGGAAGGGGGGAGCAGCCGGCGGGGGCGAACAGCCCAGCCUGGCGUGCACCACGGACGCUUUCAGCAGCUACUUCAGCCGCGUAGGCAUGGCGCAGGACACGGACGACUGUGACGACUUUGACAUCUCGCAGAUGAACCUCACGCCCGUCACCUCCACCACGCCCUCCACCAACUCACCGCCCACCCCAGCGCCUCGGCAGAGCUCUCCCUCCAAGUCCUCGGCGUCUCACGGCAGCGAUCCCCCCACCGACGACUCGUUUGGGGAAGGGGACGGCAGCCCCAGUCGGAGUGGAGAGGAAGACGCUGGGAAGGAUCCUCUCUACGCCCAGAUUAAAAAAGGACAGAAGUGAAGGGGGAAUAUUGGGACACACACUGCACAGAUCUGAAACAGCACUCGGGAGAGGAGAAGAGAGGAGAGGAAAGGAGAGGAGAAGAAAGAAGAAGAGAG